AUGGCGACCGUUUCGCAUUCGCUACUGGUGCUUCUGCUCUCGCUCCUCUUCUCGAUAUGCUACACCGCUCCAACGAGCGCUGUCACUCCUACUGUGACUGUUGACUCGGGCCUAGUGGUAGGAACAGCCACUUCGCUCAGCGGUGCCAGUGUUUCGGUCACAAAGUACCUGGGAAUUCCAUUUGCGGCAUCGCCUACCAGAUUCGCGCCAGCCUCUCGCCCGACUUCCUGGCAAAAACCACUCAACGCGACAAAGUACGGCCCAGCAUGUGUCCAGCAGUUCAACUACCCAGAAACGAACCGCAAUCGUACUAUUGCCUUCUUCAACACACCUCCACCACCUGCAGGAGAGAGCGAGGACUGUCUCAACUUGAACGUCUACGUCCCAGGCACGCCGGGAAAGAACAAGACUGUCAUGGUCUGGAUCUAUGGCGGCUCUUUGACAUUUGGCUCCAACUCUCAACUAGCUUAUGAUGGGACAGGCUUUGCGGCCAAUCAGGAUGUCAUCAUCGUCUCUAUCAACUACAGAACUAAUGUCUUUGGGUUUCCAAACUCCCCAGAACUUCCGCUCGAGAAGAGGAAUCUCGGAUAUCUCGAUCAACGCUUCGCUCUGGACUGGGUCCAACGGAACAUCGGCGCCUUCGGCGGCGACCCCCAAAAGGUGACGGUUUUCGGGGAAAGCGCUGGCGCAGCCAGCGUGGAUACACUGGUAACGACUUAUCCGAAGAACCCACCGUUCCGUGCAGCGAUCAUGCAAUCAGGCCAGACAACCCUCUACACGAAUGUCAACAAUGCACCAACAUCGUGGCUCGCACUCGCAGCCGCAUUGAAUUGCACGCAGUCGCACCCGCAGAGCAACCUAUCGUGUGUGCGCUCGUUCCCCGCCACUGUGGUGAAGUCGACCAUCGAACACCUCGCCAUCCCUUUCACGCCAGUCAGCGACAAUGUCACAAAUCUCCGCUACCCAGCCGCCGCACGCGCCAACGGAACUGUCGCACCCGUGCCCAUCCUCACAGGAAACAAUGCGGAUGAGGGCAGCAUCUUCAUCUCCGCGGCCGGCAGCAACGCUUCGCAGUAUCUAUCUGCAUUGAUCCCAAACCAGCCGGCGCUAGUCACCAGUAUCCUCAGCGCGUACCCCAACACUACCACCCAGCUAUCGGAUAUCCUCACCGACUCCAUCUUCCAGUGCCCGGCGGGCAUCGCUGCCAACGACACCGUCACAGGCGGCAACUUGGCUUGGCGCUACUAUUUCAACGCCAGUUUCCCGAACACCCAGCUCGUCCCAGGCCUCGGCGUCUACCACUCCAGCGAGAUCCCCAUUGUCUGGGGCACGUAUCCGCGUCCGAACGCUACGGAAGGGGAAGCCAAACUGAGUGCCGCCAUGCAGGCUUCGUGGGCGAAUUUUGCGAAGGCGCCGAAACAGGGUCCCGGCUUCGCAAAUGUCCCGACUGUUGGCGUCUGGGGCAAUGGUGUGGGUUUGAAGGGCGAUGGGUCCGGGAAGUUGAAUUCUACGGUCCAGAGUGCUGUCCUCGAUCGUAGAUGCCCGUUGUGGCGUCCUUUGUAUGUCGCGCAGGGCCUGGCUAAUCCCAGUUAG